CCGUUCUCAAACCAUUGCAAGAAAAACUAUUCUGAAUUCUGAAAUACGUUUCGCAAACACUUAGUAGCAGUCUUUGUCUUGAACGCAGCCCGUCUCGGAGUUGUUACGAUGGUGACGCUGGUGGAAGUGUUGAGCCUCAUGCUGGUGUCCGUGUUGUGGGGCUGCACAAAUCCUUUUCUAAAGAGAGGCACAGAAGGUAUCGAACAUGUCUCCAAGUCCAAUAAAGUCUCUCAGUUCCUGGCUGAGGUCAAAUUCCUCUUCCUUAACGUCAAGUACUUAAUCCCGUUUGUACUGAACCAGACUGGCUCAUUGGUCUACUAUUACACACUCUCCACCACAGACUUGUCAUUUGCUGUGCCCGUGUCCAACUCUCUGACCUUACUGUGUACUCUGCUCACUGGCAAGUUACUGGGUGAAGACUUUGGAGGCAAACAGGCUGUCGCUGGACUGUUCCUCACCGUGUUUGGCAUUACUUUGUGUGUCAUAAGCUCCAUAGAAGACACUGGCACUCAGGCUCCGUCCUGAUGGCAACUUUUAAAUUUAACUGCACUAUUAGCGCUGAUCUGGCCACUCAAAAUGUAAAUAUUAAUUUCUGGCAAGGCCACACUACUCUUCCAUGUUUACUUACAAACUACGAAAAAAAAACAUAUCAGUAAAAAUGUUCACAUUUCAAGAAUUACAUUUCCAACUAUAGAAAACCUGUUGUGAUUAAGUUGUAGUUUUAUCUGCCCAUAUGCUAACAUAAGUACGUCAUAAGUGAGUGUAAAACAUACAUCCUUUUGUAGUACAAGCUUUAGUAGGUCUCACACACACACACGCACGCACGCACGCACGCACGCACGCACGCACACACACACACACACAUUAACUACGGUCGUAGAGGAAGUACCAUUAAAAAAAAAAAAACUACUACCAUAAAUAAACCAGAAUUUACUCACAAGUUACUGAGUACUUGACUAGUUUUUUCACUCAAUAGUUAAUUUUUUUUUACUUUUUACUUUUACUUGAGUCAUAUUACCGUAUUUUUCACACUAUAAGGCGCACCUAAAAAACCUAAAAUUUUCUCAUAAACUGACAGUGCGCCUUAUAAUCCGGUGCGCCUUAUAUAAUGACCAAUAUUGAGCCACAACAGGUCUUGCAACUAUAGGAUGCAUAACGUAACCCCAGCCUCUACUGUAGCGUCUAUUCUAUGCGCCUUAUAAUGCGGUGCGCCUUGUAAUGCGGUGCGCCUUAUAUAUGAACAACGUUUUAAAAUAAGCCAUUCAUUGAAGGUGCGCCUUAUAAUCCGGUGCGCCUUAUAGUGCGGAAAAUACGGUACUCUAAAGCAGGGAUGUCAAACGUACGGCCGGAUCAGGCCCACAAACAGGUUUUAUCCGGCCCGGGGGAUGAGUUUGCCAAGUAUAAAAAUUUGCCCAAAUUUUUGGAUGAAAGAACCAGCUGUUCUAAAUGUGUCCACUAGAUGUCGCAAUAGCAAUUAUUUGUAUCUUUGUAAAUGAUGCUACAUAUGUAAAAAAAACAAAAAACACUUCAGUGCACCAGUUGAGGAAAAUGAGCAAUCUACAUAAAUAACAUCCUGUAAUUUGAUUUUGAUAUUAUUUUUUUAUCUUGAUAGAUUGAAAAUUAACACCAAUGAGUUGACUGAUGAACAUUAUCACAUAAUUUAUUCAGAAAGUAUAAAUAAUGACAAAUAAAGAUAGAAUACUAUUAACCGCAACAUGUAAGUGUGAAAAAACAAAAAAAAACCAUUAUGAUUUGUACAUUUUCAGAAUGUGCUUGGUCUAUUUUUAAACAAAGAAAACUAUCUGAAGUUGUCUUUAGUUUUAAGUUAUCGUGCCGUGAUUUUACCAGUCCGGCCCACUUGGGAGUAGAUUUUUCUCCAUGUGGCCCCCGAUCUAAAAUGAGUUUGACACUACAUGAGUAAAAUGUUUGACUACUCACUCUACCCACCUCAAGUUUAUGAAUGUAUUCAUUUUAAAAUGUUAUUUCAUGUUUUAUUACAUGAUGUAGAGCACUGAAAUGCUCCAUGAAUAUCAUUUUGGAAAAUAUAUUUUCUCACUGUAGUUUUGAAUUAACCCCACAAAACAGAGUUAAAAACAAUAUAUGGAAUGAAGAAAUAUCAUCUUUUCAACUAAAAUAAAAAAAAGGUUCCUUUUUAAAAGGCAACUUUCCCGGUCAAAUAGAGGUCAGUGCUGGUCCGUACAUUGAAGUCAUUAACAUUCAUGGACUGACUCCCAAUGUGUAACAAUAUUUCUGCGACUAAACAAACUGAGACGGACAUGUCCAGAGAGGCGAAGGGAGGCAAGUUCACGUAGGGUUCACUCCCACAAUUUAUGGAGCUCCUAUAGAAACGUAUUUGCCUGUUAACUUUGCACUUUCACGCACUCUUGAGACUCCACCAUGUGACCACCAUCAGUUUAUAGGCCUUCAGAGACUACCGUACAUACUGAUGAGCAGCUUUGAACAGGUCGCUGUAAACAUGCGGCGUUGGUUUGAAGGAAUACUUUGCAUAUUUUGAAACUUUUUCCUCUUACUCAAUGUCAAAAGAAAACAGCGUAAUCCGUGUAAGGCGGGGUGGAGCGUCAUAUUUGUUGGCAUUUGUCUGUUUCAGCUAGCAGGCUGACCAUAUCUACAUGAAAAUAAAUGUCGGGAAACACAUUAAAUGCAACACUUUUAAUUUCUUGUUCAGUCAUACUGUCAGCUUUAGAUUCUAAGACAGGAAUGCACUUCCUGUGGUGUUUGUUUUGCCUUUUAUUGACAUUUUAAUUUAAAAAAAGAAAAAACAACCAUAUAUUAUAUUGAUAUUAAUUGGCUCAUUAGCACAGUUUAAUUGAAGCACAAUCAAAAAUAUUUAUUAUGACGAUGUGACAUCUUUAAUUAAGCCUCCCUGGUGGUAGUUUGUUGCUACUGCAUCUAAUGAAGCAUCUUUUGGACCCUCCUGCAAAACAGACGUGAAAUACACACUGUAGAUUUUAAAAAACAAAUACAUUUUCCCCCAUUUGAAUACCUUAUCCUCCUGAUGCUCCAGGUUGUUUGCCUGAAUUUCUCUGGGAGAGUUGGGCGAGGACAAAGUUAUCUUGUUGAACCCAGGCUCCUUCAGUGGAGACACGAGCGUUAUAGGCUUUAGUCGUUGAUAACAAUGUGACGUGUGUGUCUGUACCAAAUUUUCAGUGUUAAACUCCUCUUCUGUGUCUGGUGUUAUAAUCUUUUCCGCCUCGUCCGGGUCGGAUGGCGGCAAUACCUGUAAGAGGACAAAACAUGCAGCACAACAUUCAAUUCAGAACUUCUUGGAUAGGAGACAUGUGCUUGUGUCUGACCUACUUUUAGUGUGUUGUGCAGAACGUCGUUUGCGUUGUUCAGCUCCUCAUCCUCCACUAUUUCUGCGACUCUCUUUAGAAUAAACAUACUUAUUUUUACAUUGACUGAUAGCUCACUGGACAAUUCAUUAGUCGCACCUGCACAUGAAAAUGUAUGCGAGAGGUGGACUAAGGCCUGCCGUAAUUGUGCAAGCAUAAGCACAUGCAUACAUGUGACAUACUGUUAUUUCUGUGAUCGCUGCCCCCACCAAUGAAUGAUUACCAUCACCAUGUAAAAUAGAAAAAAAACUAAGAGAACCAAAAUAAUUAAUAAAUCAAUAAGCCACAGUGCACGUAUUAAAGCACGAGCAUGUACACAUGCGCAACAGACAUGGCAUAGCACUAAUGAAAUCACCCCUCCCACCGGUUGUACUACAAUGAUAAACACAACCUUGAAUCAUAGACAUAAAAAAAGACUUAAAAUAAUCCAUAAAUUAAAAACCCACUGUACACUUACAAGCAUGUGCACAUGCACAACAGGUACGAUAUAUCACUAAAAUAAAUAAAUCUUCCCACCGGUUAUGAAUAAUAUUUGGCAUCUUGCAUCAUAGAAGUAAAAAAAACCCUCCAAAUAACCUACAGGUCAAAAGCCACCGUGCACUUCCUCAAGCACAGCAUAGCACUACUGAAAAUCCAAUGUGCAACAGACAUGAGAUAUCACUAACUAAUUAAUAAAUGUAACUAUACCUCUUCCCACCGGUUAUAAAUGAUAAACUCCCCAUUGAAUCAUAGAUAAAAACAAAGACUUAAAAUAAUCCACAAGUCUGAAGCAUUAGUGAUAAUUACCACCCUGAAUCUUAGACAUAAACGAAACUUCCACAAAGUCAAAAGCCACUGGACACUUUCUCUGUGAAUGUGCACAUGCGCAACAGAUGCGGCGUAUAACUAAUUAAAUAAUUAUUUCUACCAGGUAUAAUGAUACACACUACCUUUAAUCAUAGAGAUAAACAAAAAAACUUAAAAUAAUCCAGAAAAAGUCAAAAGCUACUGUACACUCUCUCUAGCAUGAGCAUGUUCAACAGAUACGACAUAUCACUACACUAAUUAAUUCAUUCCAACGUUUAUUUAAGAUAAACGCCACCUUGUGGAAAACACUUCAAAUAAUCUACAGUGGGUACAGAAAGUAUACAGACUAAAGAUGCGCGGAUAGGCAAUUAUUUCAUCCGCAACCGCAUCACAAAAGUCGUCAUCCACCCGCCAUCCACCCGAACUAACAUUUUAUCAAAACCACAACCGCCCGCCACCCACCCGUUGUUAUAUAUCUAAUAUAGACGAUGCAAGGCAUUAGUGAGGUUAGAAAGGAGAAAGGAGACUGAUCCAAUGCAGCAGAGACAUUCAAUGCGUGCCACGCAUUAAUAUCUCUUGGCCACGCAUUAGAGGCUAAGAGAUAUUAAUGCGUGAUAAUAUUAUUUAUCAGUACUAUAAUAUUAUUGUAAUUUCCAUUAAGAAAGUGUUGACUAUUAUUAUUUUUUUUACCUGGUCUUUAGUAUUCCCUUUUUUAGUUUGUCGCGUACCACGUUUGCAGCCGGCGUUGCAAUCUUUUUAUUUUUUUCUUCUUCUCCUGUUGUGUUGUGGUGUGCUGUGUCGCGCCAAAUUUCUUCCCCCUACAAAAACCUUCCACCCCCAUUUACUUCCGUGUUCAUGUUUCCUCUUACGUCAUUGACAGCGAUCGAUAGCACUUCGGCUUUGACUGCCCGUCGCUGGAAGGAUACUUUGUCUUUGACAGC